AUGGCUAAUAAUGAAAUACAUGAUGUAAAAUUUCAAGAUCCAUCUUUAAUAGAAAGAAAUAAUAAUUGUUCAAAUGUUAAUGAUGAAAAUUCUAAGAAGACAAUCAAUCAAACAUCUAUAACUCAAAGUAAUACAAAUAGUAUCAAUGAUCAAGUAAUCACAUCUCAAUAUGAUGGUACGAGUGAAUUAGCUGAAUCUGUUAAUGUAUCAUCUAAUUCUACAAUAAAUCAUCAUAAUAAUAAAUCAUCAACUAAAACUAAUCGUAAAUCUCGUAAACAUAGUGUACAAGAUCAUUCUUCAAAUGAAAAUAAUAGACAACGAUCAUUAUCAUCAUCAUCUUCUACUUCUUCUUCAUCAACAAACUCAUCAAAAUCAAGUGAUAAUCAAAUAUCGAAUAUUCCUUAUGAAACAUUACAUAAUGAUGAUGAUGAUGAUGAUGAUGAUAAUAAUAAUAUAUCUGAACAUACAAAUAAAACAACUAAUCAAAUAUCAUCAUAA